AUGAGGUCUCAGAUCCGUCAAAAUUAUUCCUCCGAAGCAAAAGCUGGCACCAACCGUCUGGUCAACCUGCACCUGCAGGUCUCUUGCACCUACCUCUCCCUGGGUUUUUAUUUUGACCGCAAUGAUGUGGCCUUGGAAGGCAUGGAACACUUCUUCCGCGAGUUGGCGAAGGAGAAAUGCGAGGGUGCCGAACAGCUCUUGAAGCUGCAAAACCAACGCGGUGGGCGAGUCCUCUUCCAAGAUAUCCAGAAGCCAUCCCAGGAUGAGUGCAGUAAAACCCUGGAUGCAAUGCAAGCAGCGCUGGCCUUGGAGAAGAACCUAAACCAGGCCCUUCUGGAUCUGCACGCCGUGGGUUCUGCCCACACUGACCCCCAUCUCUGUGCCUUUCUGGAGAAUCAUUUCCUGGACAAGGAAGUGAAACUGCUGAAGAAGAUGGGUGACCAUCUGACCAACAUUAGA